AUUUUGGUUGCCUAUAUUACAUGUCAACAAAUGAUUUGCACAAACGUCAGAGUAUUUUGUGUGCUUAAAACUUAACUUAGCUUAUUGCACCAAAAAAGAUUAAACAAAAUCAAAAAAUGAUUGAUUUAAUAAAUUUCGAGAAAACUUGUGAUUGUACUUCAUUUACUUUGUUAAUACCAAGUGUGGCGGUUGGAAAUAUUGGUCAAUUAACAGCGGAUUUAAUCAUCACAACUUAUAACCUUCAAAGAUAUGCUAGGUUAUGGCAUCCCGGAAUUCUAUCAUUAGCAAGUGGAGAUCCUUAUGAUUUAAAUUCGAAUACGCUUUCCACGGCUUGUGAAUUAUACAUAAAUGAAGAAUUAAAAUUGGCUGUUCUUCAACUAAGGUCUAGUAUUGACACGAAAUUUGCACACAAUUUCUUUACAGAAUUAAAAGAAAAAGUGACUGAAUUAAAAUUUGGAAAUGUUAUCAUAAUAACGUCGACGUUUGCUUAUGAGUUACACACUAUUGAAUCUAGUCAUUUUCGUCACAUUGGAGGGGAAACCACAGCAUCAUCUAUCCCUGCAAUGGAUGUAGAUGAAAAUGGAAAAUAUUUGGUGGUUGGAAGCGGAUUUGCUGUUAAAUUAUAUGAGAUUUUGAGGAAAAGUAUUCCUUGCAUGGUUCUAAUUAAAUAUGUAUCAGAAGGGGAUAAUAUCCCGGAUGCUGUUGCUACUUUAGAUGUGCUAUGUGAGAUGGUUCAUGGGAUGAGUGAUAGAGACAGAUUUCAAAUUAAAUAUCCAAUUUCUUGGAAUUUUGUAUUUGGAAAUCCACCACCUGUAGGAAUAUAUUAAUUCAAUGAAAUUAAUUAAUAUUUGUAUAUUUUCAAUUUGAUAAAUAAAUUUAUUUUGAAAAA